AUAAGCAUAAGUAGCUUUCAGAUCAAGGACAAAGUUUAUUACUGCUCAGUGAUCAGAACAUUUUUUUUAUCUUGUGACUUGUGCUUACGUUCCUCAUUUUGUAUACCGCUUUAUCACAUACAUACAAAUAUUCCCGAAUAAGAAUCCAAAAGACGUAAUACUAAUUUAUUAGGCUAAGACAUGAAAUCUCUGGUACUACUUUUGACAUUCGCGUCGCUAGCCUUGGCCAAACCUGGCGAACGCAUUGUAGGUGGUCAAGUGGCACGUGGUGGCCAGUUUCCAUACGCAGCAGCAGUCUAUGUUUCAAAAGUUGGAGGCGCAUAUUUCUGUGGAGGUGCUUUAAUUAACAAUCAAUGGAUAGUUACAGCAGCUCAGUGUGCAGAAGGCGCCAACACAUUUACUAUUCAAUUGGGUUCAAAUCUGCUAAGUGGAACUGAUGCCAAUAGACUAACUUUGGCAACUGCCACUUUUGUUUUGCACCCUGAGUAUGACCCAGAAACACUACACAACGAUGUUGCUUUGGUUAAACUGCGACUACCAAUAGCAUUUAAUCAAUAUGUUGGGGCCGCCAGUUUACCCACCAGCUUUAUUCCUGAUUACACAUCAGUGACUGCCGUCGGGUGGGGCCAAAUAGAUGACUUUAACACAGGUCUGUCCAAUGAUCUAACUUGGGUAACACUGACUACUAUUUCUCACGACGAAUGUCAACUAACCUAUGGUCCACAAAUCACACAUGAUAUGUUGUGUGUUGCUGGAAACUUUAACGAAGGAAUUUGCAAUGGAGAUAUGGGUGGACCUUUGCUUCAAACUGUAAGUGGUUCUGCAGUUUUGGUUGGGAUAGCAAGUUUCAGAAGCCAGUCAGGUUGCGAAACCACGGAUCCUUCAGGGUACACCAGGAUAAUACCUUACGUUGAAUGGAUCAACAGCGUGAUAGCAGCUUAACUCUUUUUAUUGUGAAUGACAUAAAAUUUUGAUAGAUAUAAUCAAUACAGCUACGUGCCUUCAAAGCAUUUUCACAA